UACUCUUAAUUUAAUUUAUUUGGUACUUCACUUAACGGGCGAAGAACAGAGGAGGGCAGAAACGGCACCGUUUCGAUAUCCUUCGUUAUGGUGGCGGAAUCUUCUUUGCUUGGAAGGAACCAAAAGUUAUGGAAGGUGAAAACCAGAUUAUUUCCGAGUUUUUCCCGGGCUUUGAGUUUUCGAAAAGACGACGUCAUUUUCACUAAUGCUUCUAUAACUGAGCAGUGUCGUAAUGGCCGACUUGAUGUUGCUCGGCAACUGUUUGAUGGAAUGCGUAACAGAACGGUUGUGUCGUGGAACACGAUGAUUUCUGGGUACUCGAAGUGGGGGAGAUAUGAUGAGGCUUUGUCUGUUGUUUCUAUGAUGCAAAGAGGGAAUACGAAAUUGAAUGAGACCACUUUUUCGACAAUCCUUAGUGUAUGCGGGCGUUCACGGUCGAUGGAUGAAGGAAAAGAGGUUCAUUGUUUGGUUUUGAAGUCCGGGAUGGAGAAUUUUGAGCUUGUGGGGAGCGCGUUGUUAUUUUUCUAUCUGAGUUGCUAUCAGAUUGAGGAUGCCAAGCGCGUUUUCGAUGAGCUUCGUGGUGGGAAUGAAUUGCUUUGGAGUGUGAUGCUUGUUGGAUAUGUUCAAUGUAGUUUGUUGAGUGAUGCUUUGAAUGUGUUUGCGAAAAUGCCAAAGAGAGACGUUGUGGAGUGGACUGCUUUGAUUUCAGGAUAUGCUAAGAGCGAGGAUGGGAGUGAGAGGGCUUUGGAGUUGUUUACGUCAAUGAGGGAUGAUGGUGUGGUGCCCAAUGAGUUUACUCUGGAUUGUGUUAUCAGAGCCUGUGGGAGAUUGGGUGGGAUUAGUUUAGGAAAAUCUGUUCAUGGGCUUGUGAUUAAAUAUGGGUUUGAAUUUGAGCACUCAAUUGGUGGCGCAUUGAUCGAGUUUUAUUGUGGUUGCGAAGCUAUUAGUUGUGCCAAAAUAGUUUACGACGUAACAAGAAAUCCUAGUGUAAAUGCUUCUAAUUCACUUAUGGCAGGGCUCAUAUCCAUGGAAAGGAUCCAAGAGGCAAAGAUGAUUUUUGAUGGGCUCAAAGAAAAAGAUCAGGUUUCUUGUAAUUUGAUGAUUAAAGGGUUUGCAAUGAGUGGAAAAGUGGAGGAAUCAAAGAGAUUGUUCGAGAAAAUGGUGCAGAAAAACAUAAUCUCUUCAAACACUAUGAUAUCUGUGUAUUCCAGGAACGGGGAAACUGAUAAGGCUUUGAAUCUUUUUGAACAAACGAAAGGUAAAAAGGAUCCUGUGACCUGGAACUCAAUGAUGUCAGGUUAUGUUCGAAAUUAUCAACACGAGGAAGCUUUGAAACUAUAUUUGUCAAUGCGCAAAUUAUCAAUUGACUGUACAAGAUCGACAUUCUCUGUUCUGUUUCAUGCUUGUUCAUGUCUUGGAUCUCUUCAACUUGGACAAUUACUUCAUUCCCAGUUGAAUAAGACUCCAUUUGAAUCCAAUGUUUAUGUUGGGACAUCCCUUUUAGAUAUGUACUCGAAAUGUGGAAACAUCACAGAUGCUCAGAAAUCAUUUAUCUGCAUCUCAUCACCCAAUGUGGCAGCUUGGACGGCUCUGAUCAAUGCUUACGCACAUCAUGGUCUUGGCUCCAAGGCACUGUUAAACUUUGAGCUUAUGUUAAAGUCAGAAGUUAUCCCAAAUGCUGCAACUUUUGUAGCAGUUCUGUGUGCUUGUCGUUAUGCUGGUUUAACCAACCAAGGGAUGAGAAUUUACCAUUCUAUGAGGAAAGACUAUGGAUUAAACCCCACUUUAGAACACUAUGCAUGUGUAGUUGACCUACUCGGUCGGUCAGGCCGUCUGCAAGAAGCUUCAAAGUUCCUUGAAGAGAUGCCUAUCGAAGCAGAUGCUGUUAUUUGGGGAGCUUUACUUAAUGCUUGUUGGUUUUGGAUGGACAUGAAACUUGGUGAGAGGGUGGCAGAGAAGAUGUUUAGCUUGGAACCCAAGCCAUUAUAUGCCUACAUUAUUUUGUCUAACAUAUAUGCUGUGCUAGGAAAGUGGGAGGAGAAGAUGAAAGUAAGGAAGAGACUAAGGAGCUUGGAAGCGAAAAAAGGUCCUGGUUGUAGUUGGAUUGAGCUAAACAGCAGACUUCAUGUAUUCUCUGUAGAAGAUAAAACUCAUCCUCAUUGUAAUGUUAUCUAUUCUACGUUGGAACAUCUUACAGCAAAUACAAACUCUUUAAUGCAAUUUGAUUGCGUUUAUAUGCCAACCUUGGCUUCUAGCUAGAUAAAUCCAUUUUAAUCUUAUUAACCAAAUUUGUAUUA